AUGUUUGCUACUACUUGCCUCUCCCACUUGAAGUUUGGUGAUUAUCAGUCCUCUGCAGGGCCAACGGACACGAGUCAAGUGUCUGAUAUCACUAUGUUCAACACAACGGGACCACCUCGCCCACCGGCUGUCGGAGAACUCAAGUCUUUCCGGACAGUUGAAAUUGAGGACUAUUCCAUUCGCGAAGACUAUCAACUUUCUGGAAGCGUCAAGGUAUCCUGUGUCAUUUCGGGUUGGAGAACGUACGGUAUUGGACAUGCAGGACUGACCUCGGGGUGUGGGUCUGGAAGAGCAGGCACCAAGUGA